AUGAAGCAACACCAAUCACCACAUCCAACAGUGUUUCGUCUUCUCUUUGCGGGAACCGUCAUUCUGUUUCUUCCCAUCGGAUCAGUUUGUUCCUUUUCCUUGCCACAGCUAUCAUUUCCUGAUGCUUCUAUCCGCCGAACGCUUGCACCGACAGAAGACCGCGACCUUUCUUUGCCACCCUGUAGGAACAGUCGACGUGAUAUCUUGAAUCUCGUUCUUGUGGCUUCCACUGGUCUAGUAGCGACACCUCCACUGUGCAACGCCGCGUAUGAUGAUCCUCCAGUCGUGUUGCGAUUGGACACACCCGAGGACAAGGCAGGCCUGGUGUUGUACGAGGUGACUAUUGGAAGCCCCUCUCGAAAAGUAGUGGCCAUCAAGCAAGUCUUGACUUACCGUCCCAAUCUCAAGCUACAACCUGGAUUGGUACUCAAGGAUUGGCCCAACGCCAUGUCUGUCCUGAAUCGCAUCAGACAAGGACCGUAUCCUAUCGAACUACAGUUUUACAAUCUAGAUGCUAGCAAUGGGGAGCUGGGAGAAGCUCUAACGGCCCAAGAUGCACUCACCGUCGCGGUGCAAACCAGUAAAACUGAAAACUCUGAAACGACAACAACACCCUCCACGGCGUCCAAUUCCUACGUUCGACGUGUCGUCAAAGAGGCCGAAAAUUGUCGUAUCAAGAGUCGUCGGGAUGAUGUCUUGGAAAUCAACUAUACAGCACGUCUUCAACGUACAGAUGGAAUUAUAUACGAUGCAUCGGAAUUUCGGGGGACGGGACGUCCCUAUCAAAUGGUGCUGGGCAGUGGUGAUAUGCUUCCAGGGGUGGACCAGGGGGUCGUCGACAUGUGUCCGGGAGAACAGCGGGUGAUCGAGAUCCCGCCCAAUCUCGCCUAUGGCCAAAAGGGCAACAAGUUGUUCCGAAUUCCACCCAAUACUCCACUUGUUUGGGAGGUCGAGCUUGUGUCGGUGAAUUCUGUGCGACAACUGCAAAAUGAAGAAGACGAUGAUUGA